AAUAAACUAAUAUCAAACCCGACCCAUCUGGUAUUUCACACUCCUUCUAGGUUAACUGAUUCGGAGAGAGAGAGAGAGAGAGAGACAGAGAGAGAAUGGAGUCACCGGGACAGUGGCUGGAGAAGGCGCUGGUGGAUCUGUGUAAGAGGAUAGAGACUGGUUUAGAGUUGGAUGCCGAUAUCAUCUCAGGCCUUGUCUCUUACUGCGACCUUGCAUCCCCUCUUGACGCCAAAGAAUACCUCGACAAUAUCAUUGGCCAGGAAGCAGGCAAAAGUGUAAUUGACGAAUAUUUAAAACGGAGAGGUCAUUCCAAUAUAGGUAACAGCUCCACAGUUGCUUCAUCAUUGUCCAAAUUGCAUGCAUAUGUGAAACCACCUUCAAAUGACGGUUUGGUUAGUGGAACCAAAAAGCCAUCAAGAGCACCAAAAGAGGUUACAGUUUCCCAUAGUCAGGAAAAUCGUGUGCCAGCGGAGACCAAGGAAUCAACGAACACGCAUAAAGGAAACCAAGGUAGUUCUAGAAAGAAAAAAACAGGAAAAGUCGUUUCACUCGCAGAGGCUGCAAAAGGUUCAAUUGUAUUCCAGCAGGGAAAACCAUGUUCGUGCCAAGCCCGUAGGCACAAACUGGUAAGUAAUUGUUUGUCUUGUGGGAAAAUAGUCUGUGAACAGGAAGGGGAAGGACCUUGCCUUUUCUGUGGGGCCCUCGUGUUGAGGGAAGGAAGCACUUAUGCUGGUCUCGAUGAAGGUGUAGUUCCCCUUUCAAAUGCUGAGGUGGCAGCCGAAGCUUAUGCAAAGAGGCUUGUUGACUAUGACCGGAACUCUGCAGCACGUACAACAGUCAUAGAUGACCAGAGUGACUACUACGAGAUUGAAGGCAACACUUGGCUGUCAAUGGAGGAGAAGGAACUUCUAAGGAAGAAAAAAGAAGAGAUUGAAGAGGCUGAGCAGGCCAGACGAAGUAAAGUAAUUAUGACUUUCGACUUGGUUGGCCGCAAGGUGCUUACAAACAAAGAUGAAGUUUCAGAAUCAGAAAUGGAGAACAGAAUUCUACGGCCACCUGAUGAGAGAGAAGCAAACCGGAUUAAACCAAACCCGACCCUUAAAUUACAACCCAUCUUCAUUGACCCUGGCACCAGCAGGAGGCCUGUCAAGGGAAACCAUUUGAACAAGGGCGUAUUGGCUGGCUUGUGCUUGGAAAUAAGUGGGAGGGUGCAGCAUGAUAGCAAUGAUUUAAAACGCAUUGUGAUGGACAACGACAAGAACAUGGAAGAUGAAGUUGAAUGUUCUCUAGAUUACCAAUGAGAUAGAAAUACCUGUUUUGCUAUAAGCUUCUGCUCUUUCUUCACAAGCUUCAUGUGAUUAUCAAGGGACAAGUUUUACUUAAUUUUUUGCUGGUUUAAACAGUAUAUAUACAUGCAUGUUUUGGUUGGAGGAUGUAAUUCAUGGAAAUGAAACACUGUUCUCUGUGUUUUUCAGUAAUUUGUUGUUUUGGCAUUUUACA